AGUGCCUCAGAAAACUACAAAUCCCAGGAUUAUUUAGGAUGAUGGAGCCAUGGCAGUUCAAGCAAUUUCAAACUACAUUAUGUCUACAGUGUAGAUGCACCUCUACUAGUCUUCUUGGUUGUAGCUGCUGCUUUCUACUCACUUGACAGAUAUUAAGAAGCAUUUCAGAAAUUGAAGAAGUCAGUGGAACACAUCUGACAUGACCUAUCCAAAUUUCCCAUAAACUAUCAUUACAAGUACCUACCUUCUAAGAAGAAGAUGCAUCUUUUCUACAUGCACUUUACUUUGUUUUUCAGUGUAAUUCAUUGGACUAAAAAGUCCAGGCUUUUUAUACCUUUUGGACUAUUAACCCUAUAUUAGUACUUAUAGUAUUUAAACUAUAUAGCCAAAUCUAAUUUUUAAAAUGGCAUGAGAUAAUUUUAGUUAUACACGCUGGGGAGAAAAAGCAAUUGCAGAAAUACAAACUGGUAUGCACAUCUGAAAACCUCAAAUUACUACCGUAUUUUUUAAAAGAGCAUUUUGUUUUUUGAUGGGUUAUCAUGUCUGAGGAUUGCCUAUUGGAGGAAGAUGUUUGGGAGUACAAAUCUAUUAGAAAGUUAAAUUUAGUAAGCCAUGAUUUGGAGUCUAUCUCUAAAAAUGUACAAAAAUCAAAUGAUGGAAAAGAUAAGUCACAACAAAGUAACAAAAGGAUGGCUUCAAAAGAAAGAAAGACCCCAAGGAAGACCAAGCAAGGACCGAGGAAAAGAGAUAGCCAAACACCCUUAAAACCAGAGCAGCAGUGUAGAGUAUCUGAUGAUAUCCCUGUUGUACAGUCACAGGAAGGCAUUUCACCAGCUUCAGCAAAGCCAAACAAAAACUACAAGAAACAAAGCCCAUCAAAACCACGACCAGUUUAUGAAGGGUACUGCCCAAGCUGCCAGAUGCCUUUCUCUUUGCUGUUGAUACAGACACCUCAGUGGCACGUCACAGAAUGUCUGGAUGGCACAAGCAUGGCUGAGAAAGAGUGCCCUGAUGGUCUUCUGUGCACUUCAACCAUUCCUUCUCAUUACAAACGGUAUAGCCAUUUACUUCUUGCAGCAAGCAGAGCUGGGGAAUAUGUCCCUGAAUUGUCAUCAAGUAGCACAGAGACUAAUUCCUUUAUGUCUGGUGCUCUUCUAUCCAUUGAAUGCAACAGGGUGCUACAGGAUCGGAAUGACUCCCAGAAUGUACCUGCAAACACUAUGAAUGUAACCAACAAAAUCAUCUCUUUAGAAAAUACUAAAGAAUCUGAACAUAAAAUACAGUGUACAGAUGGUUCAAAACAUGUUGGAUUCUUUGGCUCCCUUUUUCAGGAAUAUGGUGAAGAUCUAAAGAGUCAGCAUGGCUCUUACCAACCAAAUACAUUCACCGCUGACUCCAGUGAUUGUGAGAUUUCGUACUCUCCACUUAAUACAGAUGGGGAAGAGGCUAUACUCACAGAAGAAGAGGAAGCAGAAGAGACAAAAUACUUUAGAAAAAAACAAUUUGACAUAAGAGGCAUAGAGGAGAAGAGCAAAGAAGAUGGAAGUUCUGUGUUUAAUGCCUCAGAGCUAAAGACAUUUAAUCACUGCUAUGUUGAAAGAAUACAAGCUUGUACAAGAAACAAAUCUAAAAUGAUAAAUACCCUUCAGUACACUGAUAGGACUUCUGAGCCUCUCUCCCAGGGUAAAAUAGUUAACAGAGUUUACGAUUCAACAAAUGUUGAACUGUUAAAACUUCCCACAGAAGACCAUAGUAUUCCUAUCGAGUAUAAUAAAAGUAAGGAACCAUUUGAGAGGCUUAACCUGAAUUCUCCUCUUAAUACAGGUGGACAUGGGCGGAGCAACUGUAAUUGGGCUGGUGAAGAUUCAGCUGUUAAGAACAAGUCAUUGUCUCCAGGAUUCAAAGAAGAUGGUGUUAUGCCUUUUCUGUUUGACCAAAAAGAAGCUAGUUGCUUGGCUAAAACUAUUACUGGUGGUGGUAGAAAUAGGCUAGGUCCUAACAAUUCAUACUCAUUAACAGAAAAAGAAGAAAGGUUUUGUAACAGCAUUGCUAUGCCUGUUUUUCCCGGUCCAGUCUCUAAAAUAUUGCCAUAUGUUCCUGCUGCAAACACUCAAGUCAAAUGCAACCCUGCCAAAGAACUCAAACAAAUGGACAUAGGUGUUUUCUUUGGAUUACAACCCAAGGCAAAAAUGGAGGGUGAUGAGAAGAAAAAUGUUUCUGAGAAUAUGCUCACUCUGAGUCCAUCAGCUGCCAUAGGAACAAGGCCUAGAUCUCGAAAGAGGAAAGCUAAGGGAUCAGUGGGAGACUCAGAUGGUAUCACUGAAAGUUCAAGCAAAAAUUCUAUCCCAGAAGAUGCAACAUCUGGUGGACAGAGAAGGUGGAGAAAGAGGUUUAGAGAGUCAUGUCCUGAUGAAGAAGAAACAAGAAAAAAGCAGUGCCCCUUCUAUAAGAAGAUUCCAGGAACAGGUUUUGUAGUUGAUGCAUUCCAAUAUGGAGAAAUCGAAGGAUGCAAGGGGUAUUUCCUCACACAUUUCCAUUCUGAUCAUUAUGGUGGUCUAACAAAAACAUUUUCCUUCCCAAUAUAUUGCAAUAAGAUAACUGGAAAUCUGGUGAAGAGCAAACUUCGAGUGCCAGAAAAACAUAUCCAUAUUCUGCCAAUGAAUAGAGAAUGCAUAAUAGAUGGCAUCAAAGUGGUGCUGCUUGAUGCUAAUCAUUGUCCUGGUGCUGCAAUGAUUCUAUUCACCUUCCCAAAUGGGACUGUUAUACUACACACAGGAGACUUCAGGGCAGAUCCUUCUAUGGAGCAUUAUCCUUUUCUGAUUGGCCGGAAAGUUAAUACUCUCUACUUAGAUACAACAUACUGCAGUCCUGAAUACACUUUUCCUUCCCAGCAAGAGGUGAUCCAGUUUGCUGUCAAUACUGCCUUUGAGACCAUAACCAUAAACCCUCGAACAUUAGUUGUUUGUGGUACCUAUUCUAUCGGAAAAGAAAAGGUCUUUCUUGCUAUAGCUGAUGUUCUAGGCUCAAAGGUGAGCAUGUCUCAAGAGAAAUACAAAACACUACAGUGCCUGGAAUCAGCAGCAAUAGAUUCCCUUAUCACCCUGGACUGGAAUAACACUUUGCUUCACCUUCUGCCUAUGAUGCAAAUUAAUUUUAAGAGUUUGCAGAGCCAUUUGAAUAAGUUUUCUGAGAAAUUUGAUCAAAUUCUGGCUUUUAAACCCACUGGAUGGACUUACUCAGAUCGGUGCUGCUCUUUGAGUGAUAUCCAACCUCAGACCAGAGGGAAAAUCACCAUAUAUGGGAUUCCUUACAGUGAGCACAGCAGCUUCCUUGAAAUGAAACGAUUUGUCCAAUGGUUGAAACCACAAAAGAUUAUCCCUACUGUAAAUGUGGGUAAUUGGAAAGCCAGGAAUGAAAUGGAAAAGCAUUUCAGAGACUGGAAAAUGGAUGCUGCUGGAUGGAAAUAGGAACUACAGUGACAUUUUUGCUAUAUCUUACACUCAGUUUCAAUUUUAUUGUCUUGUUCUUUGACUCUGAAUCAUGGAGUAGCAGGAGUCUUGUUCUGAUUAAUCAAAAAGAUACCUUCUAUAAUGAAAAUUAUUAAAUCUGUUGAGAUGCAGGCUCCUUAGAUAAUUUACAAUUUGAUUGGUAAUGUGAUGACUGCUGAAAGUGUUGUCACAUUAAAGCAUCUGUUUGGGUGCUGUGGGACAAACAAGUUUGACAGGAUCUUAGUGCAUGAUAAUUUCAUGCUAUAUAUUUUGUAAUCUCACUACAGUGGAGUGCCCAAGAUCCAAAGUUUAGAAAUUCUCUUCUAAGAAGGGGACAACUUCCUGCUAAUCAAGGGCCUGGAAAUUUGCCUAAACAAGGGUUUAAUGUCCUUAAGCUGAAAUCUUUAACAACACUCAAUAUCUGAUCAGGAGUUUCAUUUAUCCCACCCCCUGGAGAUAUUCCACGAUACAUUGUACAGAGCUGAAAUGUACUGUAAAAUGGUAGCCUUCACCUGCUGAAUAUCAAUCUCGGCAGCCAAAAGCCUAAACAUAAACUAUUUAACUUAUUUGAAAAUUUUGUAUCAUGCUAAGAGCUCUAAAAACCUUUGACUGCACCAUACACAUAAAGCAGAAUUAAUGCAUAAUGCACUAUACACUAAUGAGAUUUUUUAUGUUGUAUGUUUAUAAAAGAAAUAUAUUUUAAAUAAACUAUCUAA